ACAGCAAUUUUUUUUAUAUAAUUACAGUGACAUUUCCAAGUUCUUAAAUUGGGCAAAAAAACGACCGAAAAUGUUUUGGGGAUUUAGCGAAGCGCUUGAUCUGUUCGAGGAAUAUCGGAAAACCCAGGACCAGUCGCAGGAAGCACCAGCCGAACUAAACAUUCUUCUGUUCGGGGUGGGCGAUCCCCGCCACGUGCUAAAAAGUGCUUCCAAAACAUUUAAACAUACGACCAAACUAAACUUCUACCUCCAGGAAGGAUGUCUGGAGCUGAUAGCGAGAAACCUGCUGUUGACAUGCAUCGCGUUCGAAAAUGGUCAACAUUUGUCAGUGAAAGGAAAAACCCACCUUUUUAUGGACGUUCUUGGUAACACUCUGCUGCGUCCGUUCUCCAAUGGAUAUGUUAAUACGAAGGCUAAAACGCUCACGAAUCUGGUAACGGAUCCGGACUAUGCCGAAAAAGUGGCACCGAUUUUCAAAUUCGACGGAUUGCGGUAUAAGGAGCGGGAUCACCUGGAGGAUGUGUUUCGAUUCUGGAUCAAUCACGAGAAACACGUGUUCAAUGUGGCGCAGUAUUGGGAUGCCAGAGUACGAGCCAUGCUAGGCACUAGAUACGAUCACAAGAUGGGUGCUUUUGAUUGGGACCUGCACAUGAGAAUCCGCGAAAAUGGCGCCAAACAAAUCUGCCCCCAAGAGUACAAGCACUGGCGCAAUACUGGCAUUGCAUUCACCUUCCCGGAGUACGAGCAAAGUGAUCCCAAUAAAACCUUCGCCGUGGGUUUGGUUCGCAACGGCGCCGUUUACAUGCAUCGAGGAAUGGUUGGAGAUGUAACCAGUGGGCCGUACGCCUCAUUUGGAGUGAAGUGUGCCGAGGACAGGCUGUUACAUUCCCAGCAUGGCGUCAAUGAUUUUCGCUCAACUGAUGUUACCGAGAGAAACGUGUUGGAAAUUAUGUAUGAGCUUCAGGAACAGAAGGAUUACACCUUGAACGAAAAAGACAUUCACCAAUAUGGUUCUUUUGUCCUCGAACAAGGUCAAAAUCUCAACAAAGACCUCAUCAGAACCGAGUCCGUUGAAUGCUGCGAAUACAACGAACCGCUUAUCCAGUGCGAAAACGUAAAAAUCCAUUUCUUGUCGGUUGAAUACCUACUGAAGAUUCAAACGCAGCAGGAGCAUAGAAACAAAUACGACAUUAUUGUCAUUGCGAAUAACUAUUUCUCGUUCCUCAAAGAAGAUUUCCCGCAGCUAUUCGCUCCAAAUGCUCUCAUCUGCUUCGAAACACGACAACUGACAACCUUCAGCAAGGAUGAAAUCUCCCAGUUCCUGACUCAAAUAAAAGAUUACGCCAAAGCCCAUUCUCUCCAGCCGUUGACCAACUUCGCCAUCAAUGUCCCUCACUCCAUCAUCCGUUACAGGAGCAUUUCUCAAACGCAAUAAAAUAUCCACUUUCCAUCGGUUUUGCGUGCAACGAAUAAAUCAAUCUGUGUAUUUAAUUUCCCCC